AUGCCAACCCCGAGUGACCACCCAACUUCGAUCGCCGAGGUGAUCUCCACCCGCAGCUGCCCCCCGGAAGUCGAUCGAAUUCCGGCCUGGGAAGAUGAGUCGGUGGAACUAGACACGCAAGAUGCCCUGGAAGAUGUGCUUUCACCUACCAGUGCCACUGCACCGUCCGUGCAGAGUCGGUCCGACGAUGGCACGGCUCUCUUGGCGACCGACCCGCUGAGAGUGGAGAGGAAGACAGCGGAUGAAGAUACUAGACCACCCAGAUCUACCUCGCCGAUGGAGUCGUGCUCUCGUAGCCAAUCCCCUGUUACACCACCCAACUCGUCGCUGCUGCGUUAUGAAUUCUCCAACGUUCGGCUUUUACCGAAUCAUUCCUCGUCCUUUCUUCGUUCUGGGAGUAGAUUCGUCGGCACACAGCAGUCCGACCGCCAGGUGUAUAACGUUGACGUGGAGAUCAAGCACGUGGACAUGGCCGAAUCCUACCUGUGCGGCUACCUGCGCAUUCAAGGCCUCACCGAGGAUCAUCCAACCCUGACCACAUUCUUUGAAGGCGAAAUUAUUGGCACCAAGCACACAUUUCAGACUCGUAAUGAGGAAUGGGGUGCGAACGAAAAGACAGACAUACACCACUGGUCCCGGUUUCCGGCCUGGAAACCGCUUGCCAAACAGGCGAAGCGGACCGAUUUCACAUACCGCAACUUUGCACAGCGCGAGCAUGUUUUUAUGAGGUGGAAGGAGUAUUUCCUUGUCCCUGAUCACCGGGUUCGAACGAUCUCCGGUGCCAGUUUCGAGGGGUUCUAUUAUAUUUGCUUCAAUCAGAUUGAGGGAAGCGUAAGCGGUGUCUACUUCCAUGCGAAGAGCGAAAGGUUUCAACAACUUGAGCUCAAGCAUGUCGAGGAUCAUGGAUGCUCACCAGCAAUCGAGUUCCGUUAG